AUGGCGGGCAAAGCCAGCAAGACCGGCCACACCGAGUCCGAUCCAGCCACAUCAGACUUGACAUCCGCAGCCGCGUCUGCUCCCGGCUCUGACAACGUCGCUGCUGCUGCUGACGCGGAAGUGAACGCCGAGAUAAUGACUAGUGCAUCGGAGAAUGCAACAAUACAGCCGGACACAACUGACUCUGCCACCACCAAGUCGGUCACGGACGCUGCUCAAGAGGACGCAGCCUCACGGCGAUCUUCGGAGUCCGAUGAAAAGCCUGCCAACAUCUCGCCCUCCAAAAAGUCUCCGAGCAAGUCCAAGAAGGGCAGCAGAAGCUCCCGCGGCAAGGCAAGCACCUCCAAGCGCAGUAGCGAAGAGCAGCAGGUUGCCAAGGACGACAUCACCACCGAGGCUUCCAGCUCCACCGACAAGACCAACGACGCUGCAACCGCAGCUCUAGCUGACGCCGAUGCCAACAUUGACUCUUCUGACAGCUCUCACCACAAGACCGCCUCGACUAGUAAAGAGCUUGCUCAAUCAGGCCUGAGCUCCUUUGGAGACGGCGCCGAGGACGACGUCGUGGGACCUCGUCGCUCUCGUCGCGGCCCAGGCGCUUCACCAGAUCCGAAGGCGCGCGUUCCAAAGACAGAGCCCGACUCUGAAGUGACGUCGCUGCAAGAUGGCGCAGGCUCUACCGGAGACGACGCAUCCGAUGCAGCAGCAAAGGCAGAUGGCGGCGAUGCCGACGCUCCUGCUGAGCCCGCAGAGGAUAACGCGCACGAAGUAAAAGGCGCAGUAGCACCGGAAGAGGUGCCUGCUGAGCCGCAGUCAGACACAAAGCCCGAGGCUGUGGAAGAGGAAGCACUCGCUCCCGAAGGCGAAUCUGCAGACGAUUCAAAGCAGCAUUAUGCAGUGAACGACUUCGAUGACGACGAAGGCGAAGCCAAUCACGGGGACGCCGACGAACAAGACGGCGAGCUGGACGACGAGGAACUGGGGGAUGAAGGUGUCACGCGAUGUGUCUGCGGUAGCUCUGACGAGAACGUCGGUCUCAUGAUCCAGUGCGAGACUUGCAAGUGCUGGCAGCACUGCGUUUGCAUGGGCAUGCAGGUCGAGGAGGACUGCCCAGAUGUCUACUUUUGCGAGCAGUGUCAUCCAGAGCUUCAUAUCCCGCUUUUGCGCUCGCUGGGCUUGCUGCCAAAGUCGUCGAAGAAAGGCACGGGCAAAGGUGGCGCCAAGUACUCGGCGAGGGAGCUCAAGGAAGCCAAGGAAGCCAUCGCGAUGCUGGCGCAAGAGAACGCACGCAGGCAGCAGGCCGCCGACGCUGCCAACUACGGCUCGCGGGACAGGAAAGGCAGUCACAAUUCUCGUGGCGGCGACUCUUCAAAGGAGGUGCCCAAGAGCCCCAAGAGACGAAGCACGAUGAACAGCCGCGAUUCUGCAUACGGCGGCUGGGAGCCGCUUCCGCCUGGCCUUCUCGCUGAUGGCGAAGUAUGGGACGGCACAGAGGACCGAAAAGGUGGCAAGAAACGCAAGCGAGGUGUUCCUGACGAGUUCGGCGACGGCAAUGCAGAUACGCCUGAAGCUCCCGAUCAUCAUGCAGACGCUGCUUCCGACGCAACCAAGCGACGUCGCAUGAGCGCGGGACCAGGCCAAGACCACGACGGUGACGCCGAGAUGGACGAGGACGAGUCGUCCGGCGUUGUGGAUCAUUCCACCUCGAUGUCGCGAGACAGAAGCCACAAGAAGAAGAAGGGCAAUAACCAGUACACGGUGCGCGAAGCUUCGGCUGCGGCCGAGUCGACCUCGUCCAAGCCUCGCCAUCCCAACCAGUACACGUAUCGCAACAAGGAUCGCAAUGGCGCAGCCAUCCCUUCCAAUGGUCAAAAGACCGGAAACAGUUCCACUUCGAAUCUCACCUCUCACUCGCCGAGUCCAAGCCCAAGCAAGGGCCGAGCAGAGAAUGCUCGUCGAGCAGCUGCGAGGGAUCAUGGAAGCCAAAUCGGCACGCCUGCGCCCGAACCCAGUUCUUCCAGCCGCGGAGGACACCAGACGUCGUCAGCGCAGUGGACGCUUCCCGAGCAUCUCACUCACCUCGCCUAUCUGCUUCCUCACGCAAGCGGAUCGCGUUUGGAGGCGUCCAAGUCAACUGCAUCGGCCGCCGACAAUGGAUCUGCGAACGGGAGCGGAUCCGGCACAAAGAAGGGAUCCGCCAGUUCGAGCGGACAGACGAGCUCGGUGCCAUCUCCACCGGCAAGCACGUCGUUCCCAACGCCGUUCCAGGUCCUGUCGUCCAUUGGAUCGUCGACCAAGGUCCGAUUCCCCAGUCGUCGCAUGACGAUGGGCGAGAUGCGAAAGCGAGUGCGCAACAUCGGUGAAUACGUGACGCGAAGCCAGAUCGAAGCGGUGGAGCGCGAGAAGCGCAUGAAGCUGCUUGGAAUCGUGCCUCCGUAUAUGGAGGAGAUGGAGGAGGACGCGGACGAAGUCGCCGAGGUGACGCAGGACGACGUCAAGGAGGCCGGCGACGCUGCUAAUGCUGAUGCAGGGACGGAAGAGAAUGUGGUCGACGCGGAGGAGAAGACGCAAGCUUCUGGUGCAAGUGCGCCCGCAAAAGCAGAAGAGCAGCUUCCGUUGAGCAUGCGCCUGAUGGAGGAACUGACACGCGAGCUCAUCCACUUCCAGCGAAAGUUUGGUGUGGGACCGGGCAGCAAUGGUGGGCUUGGCGCUUCGCAUCAAUCUGCUGCUGUCAACUGA